AUGCCUCUGCUGCACAGUCCCAGUGGGGUCACAGAGCUGAAUGAAGCACUAUCCAAUGAGGAGAGGAAUCUUCUCUCUGUGGCCUAUAAGAAUGUGGUUGGGGCAAGGCGUUCAUCUUGGCGUGUUAUCUCCAGCAUUGAGCAGAAGACGUCAGCUGACGGCAAUGAGAAGAAGAUCGAGAUGGUGCGGGCCUACCGAGAAAAAAUCGAGAAGGAGCUGGAGGCUGUCUGUCAGGAUGUGCUUAACCUACUUGACAACUUCCUGAUCAAGAAUUGCAACGAAACACAGCAUGAGAGCAAAGUGUUCUACCUGAAGAUGAAGGGUGACUACUACCGCUAUCUGGCCGAAGUGGCCACAGGGGAGAAAAGAGCCUCAGUGGUGGAGUCAUCUGAGAAGUCCUACAGUGAGGCCCAUGAGAUCAGCAAGGAGCACAUGCAGCCCACCCAUCCUAUCCGCCUGGGCCUGGCUCUCAACUACUCCGUCUUCUACUACGAGAUCCAGAAUGCCCCAGAGCAGGCAUGCCACCUGGCCAAGACUGCCUUUGAUGAUGCCAUCGCUGAGCUGGACACCCUCAAUGAGGACUCCUACAAAGACUCCACUCUGAUCAUGCAGCUGCUACGAGACAACUUGACGCUGUGGACAAGCGACCAGCAGGACGACGAGGGUGGAGAGGGCAACAAUUAGAGUCCAUCCUCAUUCUGCCAAAACAUCACAACAUGCGCGCUCACAAAUGAUGACAAAAUAAUAAUAGUUGAAAAAAGUUCUUAGAAAUAUAAAAAAAGGGGAGGGGGUGGGAGGGAGAUGGAACAUCGGUGGCCAAUUUAGCCCAUGGUACUAACGUGGCUGCUGUUCUUUAUUUUUCCAAAAAUUAGGUGAAAAAGAAGUAGGAGGGCAGAUAAUUUUAGUUUGAGAAAUAACCUACAAUUAAAAAAAAAAGAGAGAGAGAAUGAAACCCCCUCCUUGAUAGCCUCUGCGGCAUUUGCCAAAAUACCACUUUAGAAGCAAGAGGUACGGCUUUCAUCCGGGUGUGACUAUUGAGUAGCGAUACCUUCACACUGGCAGAGACUGGUCAUAUCGCGCAAAUGAAGCUGAGCUGUCUCAUUGUAUUUGGUGAGGGGAGGAGCAUUCAGAAAUUGAGUUCCAGUGCUUGAGCAACAAGAAAAUUAGAGUACCCUUGAAUGUCAUGACCUUGUUUAGUGAGAAAGACAAAGAGUGAAUGAGAAAACAGAGCGGUUAUGGAGAGAGUACGAGCUUGUAGGGAUGUCACAUUUCAUUGUGUACCCAACAUCUUCAGUUGCACCACACUAUGGUCAUUGAGUGAGAAAAAGGCUGUCUGUUAUUGAAGAUAACAUAAAAGUUGUUUAUGUUUGCUUUGUGUCAGGUAUGUGUCCAGCUCAGUCACACAGUCAUACUGUAACUAAAACAUAAAGUCAUAAAGUAAAGUUAGUGCAGCUUGUCCCUCUCAUGUGCUGAUGUGCUUUCUUGAAUAAAUUAACUUGUUUUUGGACACCUAAUUUUUAUUGUCAGCAUUGUCGUUACUAUAACAUCUUGUAUUGCCUCCUAAUGCUUUAAGAAAACAGUUUGUUUCACAAAAAUCCAGAUAGUUAAAUAAAUAACUGGGAUUUUUAAAAUGUAACUGGAAAAUAUGAAACAAUAGAGGAGUCCACCCUUACUCCAAUUAUGCUAUCUUCAUAACAAUCAAUAAGAUCUCUGAAAUGGCACCUGGAACCACAUACUGAUCAGUGAACCAAGUAUAAUUUGUGGACAGAGCACAUGCAAUGUUAAAUGGAAGCUCUAAGAGCAAAUUUGGGGUUUGUGGAUUUACUUUGUCUACACUUUCUUCUUGGUCAAGAAAUGCACUUACCUAUAAUACUGUUUCUUCAGUGUAAGAUGAUAACUGCUCCAAUAUUCUCCAUAAUACAAUAUUGUGCAUGCUGGUGAUGUAUUUAUACAGUAGCUUCAAUUUAUUAACUUAAACUGUAGGUGUUAUGUAUUCAUAUGAACCUGACCUUAAUUGGAUUAUUUUCUAUUUAUUUCUUUCUAUUGCGAUUGUUAGCGAGAACUUAUUUUAUUGUUUUCUUUACUCCAUUUGCUGAGUACGCUAUACCAAUACAGUGGUUGUCAACAAUAAAUUGAUAUGUUAUGGA